AGCAGGUGGCGCCAUUGUGGAAAUCAGCAUUCGCAACAAUAAUGUUUACGGAUGUCGUUUGAUAUACACGCGAGACAUUCACUGACAUUCUAGUAUUAACAUUUCUUGCUCUGCAGUCUUACCUAUUGAAUUGAUCUACUGUUAUAUUGUUAGCUAGUCAUGAAAAACGAAUAUUGAACACAACUUGUGCUUAACGUGUCAAAAACGUAUAGUAUGCAGUAAGUUAGUUUAGAUGAGAAGAGUUUAUAUCGCUAACUGACCCUUAGCAUGUCUCGCAGGUUGGUGUCAUUUUUGGCCUCUCGGCUUAGCUCACAGUUUGUCAUGUCCAGAGUAACUUCAGUGAGCAUUUGUCACGCAAGCAGAGAUGCUAAAGUCUGGAAGGGGCAGAGCUACGUCGACCGUGUUGCAAACCACAGACCAAGACAGAGGGAUGAUCUGUUUGAAGAUGAUUCACAGAUGGAAGAUGUCGAGGACAGGCUCCAGGCCAUAGUCACUCAAGAGAGGAAAAAGCAGAAGACUUUGAAGUACCAUAAAGUCAAAAGACACAUGACCCCAAAAGGUGCUCCAGAGAGGAAGCUGACCUGGGACGCUAUGGAGCAGAUAAGGUAUCUGAAGCAGGCGGAGCCAGAGGAGUGGACUGUGGAGCGCCUGGCAGAGGGAUUCUCUGUCAGCUCUGAUGUCAUCCGCAGGAUCCUGCAGAGCAAGUUCACUGCGCCUCCAGAGAGGAAGGUUAAGCAAGACGCCAGUGUGCUGGCGAAAGCCCACCAGCAGGCUCUAUCUGUGGGUAGAAAACCAGGCAGGUUGCAGCUGCCUAUGGGCUCACCAGCCAUGCUGCCAGCUGGAGCUACGUCUGUUGCUCUGGUGGCCCUGGCUAGCUCCAGUCUUACGCCCUGUGACGAUGGCGCAAAGUCCCCGGCUACUGGAAGUGGCACUGCUCUUUCUUCGUUGCCUACCCAGAAUAGAGGUUCACUUACUGUUUUGAGUAAACACACCUCAGUUACAGAGCUGCCUAGAGCAAACAAGGAGGGUAUGUUGGACAAUGUUUUUGAGGAUGAUGAUGAUGAGGAGGAGGUCUGGGAUGGAAUGGUGUUUUCAGAGGAACAACUGGAGGAACUUAUGAUGUCCCCAAAGUCCUGUCCAGUGACUCAGGAUGGGAAUGAAUUCUUUGACAGUGAUGGCAAUUUCUUGUACAGAAUCUGACACUUGAAUGUAAAUUUUCUUUGUUCUUUUUUGUUAACAAUGUAUCACAACCUUGAAAAUAUCAAAAGACUUACCCUGAUAGAACCUAAUAAAGCACUGUGUCAAUAAUAGUUGACAGGAGCUGAAAGCA